GCCGUAUUCUCACCACGAUCUUCACUAACAAGACCACUAACGCUGCAACUCUCCAAUUUUUAAUAAACGCCCUUCGAGAGUGACCUCCGAACUCCGUUCCUCCCCUCCAACCCUCCAACCCUCCGGACCAAACCAAAGAUGUCGAAGAUCGUCCACGUCUCCUCCGCCUCCCACUUCUCCACUAUCCUCUCAUCCUCAACCUACACAAUCGUAGAUUUCUACGCGGAUUGGUGCGGACCAUGCAAGCAGAUAGCGCCGAUCUUUUCGAGCUUGGCGGAAAAGGAGAGUAAGCCAGGACGGAUUCAGUUUGCGAAAGUCAAUGUGGAUAGCUGCCAGGAUGUGGCGAAGAAAUACGGAGUUUCUGCAAUGCCGACUUUCCUCGUCAUAAAAUCCAACUCGGUCGUCGAAACUAUCCGCGGCGCAAACCCCUCCGCCCUCACAGCCGCCGUCAACAAAGCCGCGAAUGAUGCCGCACGUGGCCCCGCAAAGCCCGGUGUGUCGUUCCAGUCGAAGGGAUAUACUCUCGGAUCAGCCACGCAGCCGAGCAGGCCUGUGGGGGAGAGUCCGUUUACAGGAUUGAGUCGGAUGGUUUCUGGGAAUGGUGGAUUAGGUGAUGUACUGUUGAGGUUUGUGGGGUUAUACUUCAUAAGCUUGUUCACAUUCGAUGCCUAUAAGGCGGCAGAGGAGAGCGCGUUUAAUGUUCAGGCUCGGCGGUAGACUGUUGGGACAGUAAUGGCGGAACGAACUUGGCUAGAAACAUGGAGUGAUGGGGUCAUUAGGAUCUAGGAGUUAUAGGCGUAUUUAUGGGUAGAUCUCCAGAGAUUUCCAAGAACUAUGGGCCGGUGCAAAAGCUGUCUCUGCAGCCGAUGCUUCUGUCUUACCUAUUCGAUUCGAUAGGCAAGUUAGCAGAUGGGGCUUUUCGUCUGUCUUCGUCGCCGUUUAUUUCUUCUCUGUCGAUUGACUUUGUCUACUCAAAACAACUAUAAACAACUACUCUAUCACACUCCAUUAAUAAAC